AUGUCUCAAGUGCUUCUUUUCUUGAUCUCUAUGGCUCUUCUUUUCGCUACUGUUGUUCAUCAUAUCCGCGAGGGUGAACACUCCCACAACCAACGGACAAAUGUGGGAAACCUCGAAGAGAUUAGAGGUCCGGUGAUGUUCAAGGAGGCCAGCACCUCAGGGCCGUCUCCGGAGCUAGAUGCUGCUUGGGAUAAGCUCAUCGAUGAGCGCCGUUUCAUGCUCGUUCCCGAUGAAGACUUCCCCAAGUCUGAGUUCAGGACCCGAGACCCGCUGAGGGCUUCGACCUCUACUCAGAAUGGCACACUUGCUGUAUUCGAGUAUGUCCACGCCUUGCACUGCGUUCACUUGAUGUGGAAGCAAACGUACCCCGAGUACUACAAAGAAGACCACUUGAAGAUGAAGAAGCACCCAAACUGGCAACAUGCCCACAUCAACCACUGCGCGGACUUCUUGAAGCAGUACAUCCUUUGCAACGCCAACUUUGCUUUCAACACGUACUCCUUCAACGAGACCCGCGGCGGCGCUGACGUGGACAUCGUGUCAUCGCACACGUGCAUCAACUUGGAUGCCGCGGACGACUACGCGAACCGACACUACGUCAACCGUUCUGAGCUGGCCAUGGCUACAGGCAAGGAGAUCACCGCUGAUGUCUUUUGA